CAAGCGGCGAGAGCGGGACGGGGCAGAGCAAGAGCUAGGGAUAACCCUCGCCCACCAUGGCGACGCCCGGCGAGCAGCAGGCACCGGCUGCGGCGGAGUAGGUCGUGUCCGUCGAGAUGCCUGCACCCGACGGGUGGACCAAGAAGUUUACUCCCCAGAGAGGGGGAAGAUCCGAGAUUGUUUUUGUUUCGCCAACUGGCGAGGAAAUUAAGAACAAGAGGCAACUAAGCCAAUACCUAAAGGCACACCCUGGAGGCCCUGCUGCUUCAGAUUUUGAUUGGGGAACUGGUGAUACCCCAAGGCGUUCUGCUCGCAUUAGCGAGAAAGUCAAGGUUUUUGAUAGCCCAGAGGGCGAGAAGAUCCCGAAACGCAGCAGGAACUCCAGUGGUAGGAAGGGUAGGCAGGGAAAGAAGGAAGCCCCUGAAACUGAAGAAGCCAAAGAUGCUGAAACCGGCCAGGACGCCCCAAGUGAAGAUGGCACAAAGGAGACUGACGUGGAGAUGAAGCCUGCUGAAGAGGCGAAGGAAGCUCCUACUGAAACUGAUGACGCUGAGAAGGCUGCAGACAAGGCGGACGAUACUCCUGCUCCGGCGCCAAUGGAAGAAGAUGAGAAAGAAACUGAGAAACCAGCUGAAGCUGUUGUAGCUCCUCUUGCGCAAUCGGAGGAGAAGAAAGAAGAUGCCAAGCCAGAUGAGCCUGAAGCUGUGGCUCCAGCUCCAGUAAGCAACCCAACUGAGAACUCAGCCCCUGCUCCUGCCGAGCCUGCUGCUGUUCCUGCCCCAGUGCCUGAGACCGAAUCAGUUGCCGAGCCUGCUGCUGUUCUCGCCCCAGCGCCUGAAACCAAACCAGAUGCCAAGCCUGCUGCUGUUCCUGCCCCAGCGCCUGAAAACAAACCAGAUGCCGAGCCUGCUGCUGCUGCUGCUCCAGUGCCUGACACCAAAUCAGUUGCUGAGCCUGCUGCUGCUCCAGCGCCUGACACCAAAUCAGUUGCUGAACCUGCUGCUGCUGCUCCAGUGCCCGAGACCAAACUAGUUGCUGAAUCUGCUGCUGAUGCUGUUGCUGCUCCGGCGCCUGAAACCAAAUCAGAUGCCGAGCCUGCUGCUGCUCCAGUGCCCGAGACCAAACCAGUUGCUGAAUCUGCUGCUGAUGCUGUUGCUGCUCCAGCGCCUGAAACCAAAUCAGAUGCCGAGCCUGCUGCUGCCGCUGAUCCAGCACCUGAAAUCAAAUCAGAUGCUGCCGCCGCUGAUCCAGCACCCGGGACCAAGGCAGAUGCUGCCGCCACUGAUGCCGCGCCUGGAGCCGAGCCAGACGCCGCUCCACUAGAGAACACCGCUGCCGACAAAGGCGGAAGCGAGGAGAGCAGCCAGCCCGUGAACAACGUGAACAACGGGCACUCAACGUGAAGUGCAUCUGAGGCCGGAACGGAACACCCCUUCCAGCACCGUGUAUCUCAUGUAGGAACAAACAUUUGCAUUCGCAUUGUAAUCUGAUGGAUCGGUAAGCAUGUUGAUUAGUCAGUCUGACGCUGCUGGGUGACAUGUUGGUAAUUAGGCUCUGCAUUUGAGCUCUUUUUUUUUGUAUGGCUGCUGUCGCCGCCGUACAUGUAUCCUGUAUCCACCACCAUCAUCAUCCCCUUGGACUAUUGGUUGUGUUGUACCUAACUGCGUAAGCAUAUUAUUAUCAAUGUUAGGCCA